CUGUCCAAUCGAAUUCCAAACUCUUUCUUCCCCAACGAAAUAAACCAACCGAUAGCAAUCAAUUCCCCAAUCUCAGAGACUUAAAUCUCCGGCAACGCCGUCGCGAUGUCGUCGAUAUACGUCUUAGAACCACCGACUAGGGGCAAGGUGGUGCUGCAAACGACCCAUGGGCCUCUCGACAUCGAGCUCUGGCCCAAAGAGGCCCCCAAGGCCGCCCGCAACUUCGUCCAGCUCUGCCUCGAAGGCUACUACAACAACACCAUCUUCCACCGCAUCAUCAAAGGCUUUCUCGUUCAGGGCGGCGACCCCACCGCCACCGGCGAAGGCGGCGAGAGUAUUUACGGCGGUCUUUUCUCCGACGAGUUUCACUCGCGGCUGAGAUUCAAGCAUAGAGGUUUAGUUGCUUGUGCAAAUGCCAAUAAGCCUAAUACCAAUGGGAGCCAGUUCUUCAUGAACUUGGACCGGUGCGAUUGGCUUGACAAGAAGCACACGAUUUUCGGAAAGGUGACUGGUGAUUCCAUAUACAAUCUAGUGAGGUUGGGUGAGAUUGAAACCGACAAGGAGGACCGGCCUUUGGACCCGCCGCCGAGGAUAUUAUCAGUAGAGGUACUGUGGAAUCCCUUUGAUGAUAUUGUCCCAAGAGUGCUUUCACGUUCUUUGGUCCAGUCCACAGAUGAUACUGACAACAAGGAUACAAAGAAGAAAGCUGUGAAAAAGCUGAACUUGCUUUCCUUUGGAGAAGAAGCUGAAGAGGAGGAGAGAGAAUUGGCAACUGUAAAGACAAAAAUAAAGAGCAGUCAUGAUCUAUUGGAUGAUCCUCGUCUUUUGAAGGAAGAAGUUCCAAUUAACGAAGUGGAUCCCAAAACAAGGCAGAUGCAGUUAUCUGUCAGAGAAGCUCUUCAGUCAAAGAAAGAAGACCCCUCAAAAGACUCCGAAUCAAAAUUUUAUAAUUCUCUUAAUUACAGUGAUAAUGAUGAUGAUGAUGAUAAUGAGUCCAAUUUUGAUGCACGAAUGCGUCAUCAAAUACUCAGGAAACGGAAAGAGUUGGGAGAUCUCCCACCAAAGCCAAAGUUGCCGAAUGGGAGCUCUAGCCCAAAGCAGCGUGAAACAUCUACAACAAGGUCCAAGGCUGAAAGCAUUGAUGAUGACCAACCAAGGGUAGAAAAGCUGUCAUUGAAGAAAAAAGGGAUAGGAUCAGAGGCCAAAGCUGAGCGCCUGGCCAAUGCUGAUACAGACUUACAGCUGUUGAGUGAAGCUGAAAGAGGAAGACAAUUGCAGAAACAGAAGAAGCGUAGAAACCAAGGACGAGAAGAAGAAACAAUAGCAAGACUUGAGAAGUUUAAGAAGACCCUGUGUGUGAAGCCCACAGCCCCAGAUAGUGAAUCUGGAGGUGGCGAUGGUGAAGAUUUAUCUGAUUGGCAAAAAUCUCAGUUAAAAUUUGCUCCUGAGACUGGCAAGAUGACUCGCACUGAGGACAUAAAUGAUUACGUUGUGCUUGACCCUCUUUUGGAGAAGGGGAAAGAGAAGUUCAACCGGAUGCAAGCAAAGCAAAAACGAAGAGAGCGAGAAUGGGCCGGCAAAUCUCUUACUUGACCUCACCUCCGCCAUACUUCACCGGUUUGUGAAUAUUAUGGAAUCAGGAGAGUUGCAUGCCAUUUGCCUUUGUAUGUUGCAUACCUGCUGAGACUGUCCACAUUUAGCCACACUUACAUGAAACUAGGGGAGAUUGAGGCACAUUAUUCAAAACAGUUUCAUCAAUCUCAUUGACCGGCUCAUCUAAUCUUUAUUAUAGUAGCAAAAGACUGUGGUUCUCCAGCUGUGUCAAUGAAUAAUGUGGGUCGCGCUCUUUCCAGAUUUCCCCCCAUCUCUGACUAUAGUCUCUUCUGAUUAAUAUUAGAUUAGACAGAUUUAAUGUGUAGUUAUCCUCGAAGCAA